UUGUACACUGAAGAAGUUGAAGAUCUGCUGUCCAAAACCCCCAAUUCCAUCUUCCUCAGGAAAAUGGCGCAAUCAGCGAAACCAAUCUCAAGCCCAGUUCCAAAUGCGUGGUACCCCACUCUCUCCAUUCUUCUGCUCGCCUUCGGCCUCGUCAUCACCGCCUCUUUCUUCAUUUAUGAAGCAACUUCCUCUAGGAAAAAUCGCAAUCUUGCAAAGGAAUUGACUACUGGUGCAAUUGCAUCGAUUUUCUUGGGUUUCAGAUCUCUGUUCUUGCUGCUCUUUUCUGGUGUCUAUGUUUGAGUCUGUAACAUCAAAAAGUAGGACAAUGUAUGAGGUUUUACAUACUCACGAUCUUUCUUCACAUUCUAAACAUGCUGAGCUUGGUUUCAA